AUGAUCGACUACAACAUCGAGUAUCAGGACGUGGGGUGUGAUCCGUACUUCUACCAAAAAGAAAACAACUACUUCCACCCAACUGUGCUUUUCUUGGCGAAUACGCGUGACUCAAAAGCGCUAAAAAAAUACAUCCGAGAUUUAGCGGACGUUUACAAAAGCAUAGGCUGUUCGUGCAUCAUCUUACCCUAUUCUCUCGAAGAAAACAUCCUCGAUACGACUGAUGACAAGAAAUCGGAAAUAGCAUUGACGCAGAUGGGAAGCGACAUUUGGGCUAUUCUGAAUGAGAACCAGAUCCUCAAUGAGCCCAUUUUCUUUCACUGCGUUGGCAAGGAAGGAGUCUUUGCUUACUCAAAAAUGGCGAGUAAAAGCCUUGCAGAUUAUGUUGCGGGAGUCGUGGUUGAGUCUUUCGACCUUGGUCCAGAAGCCAAUAGCAACUGCUCCCUGCUUGGAGACAACGAUUUUUCCUUUUUUCGUCAGCUGUUCAAUUUUGUAAGAAGCAUCUUCGCUCCCAUAGAACUAUCGAAGACACUGAAGAGCCUCGCCUCGAUGCUUCCUAAUUGGCCAGAGUUGUUUUUGGUCGAGGAUCACCAAGUGUCCGCAGCUAGAUCAAUGAUCUACAGUCGACCAGCUGGUUCUGAAUAUAAACUUGUUCUUUCCAAGUUUCCGCAGUAUCCAGGGGGAGAAUUAGCAACGCCAGGUCUCAAAUACAUCUUUCCAAAGAGUUAUCGACAUCAGGUGUUUCGCUUCAUCCGACGGAGCUGCGAAGAAAGCUUCAAAGAGACUGCACUCUGA